UCUCUUCGCGCUCGCUUACCAUCGGUCGGUGGCGGGAGUUGUAUCGGGGAAUUUUGAGCGUCCUGUACGUUUAUGUUUACCUUUUUGUGUUACAGCCGCGUUGAAAUUCGUCAUGGACAGCGAUUAUUAUUCCACCGUGUACACGUGGUUCGAGAAGUGUGGGAUCGUGUCUAAUAUCAGGACGCACCUGCGGCAGAACUUGGUGAACGCUUUGAAGCGCAAGGAUCUCAGGCUCUGCAAGAGCAGGGAGGCGAGGUCGGCGAAGCAGUACGUUUACGAUAUGUUGAUAGCCGAGUAUCUGUUCGGUCACAAUUACUCCUUCACCCUGUCGGUAUUCGCCAGCGAGGUACCGCUUUUGGUGAACUUUUGUAACAGCACGCCGCAGCAGGGCACCGUUGAUGACGCCGACAGAGACUGUGGUAGCAGGCAUAGCAAUAAGCUGCAGAGCGAUUACAUAGCGCACACUCUGGCAACUCUAGGCAUUGAUCCCAAUGGGCCCGAGGGCGAGUACAUUGUAUCAAAUUACGUGAACGGCGAGGCGCCGCUGUUGCUGUCCAUUCUGAGCUCAAUAGCCUCGCUUCUUGUCAACGCUCAGUCGUCAACUAGAAGGCCCAUGUAUGACAGAGAGACGCAGGCUAACUUGGUGUCGGAGGCGAAUCUCGCGGACGCAACAAAAGUACGGGCGAUGAAGAAGAGGAUUGUGCAGCAGAAGCAACUGUAUGAUGACGAACUGAAGAUGAAGGAGAGCAGGUUGAAGCAGCAAGCCGCAGUUAUAAAGCAUCAGCUCAAUUCAUUAAAUGCAAAAGUGGAAGAAGCACAGAAUUUAAUGCAGUCUUUGACCCUGAAAGAAAAGCAACUGAAGGAAAAGAAAGACAGCAAUACGCAAUGUCUCUUGCGGAAGGAAAUGGAACUGUCUAUGAAACAAAAUUUCUUGACACAAGAAGCUAACAGAUUGCAGAGAGAACGAGACAGCUACAGGAAGUUUGAGGGUGGUUUGAAAAAGCUGCAACGAGAGCUCGUUAAAAUGCAGAAGGAAAUGUCGCAAGGCACGGCGAACCAGUGUGCUCAGAACAACCUCCGGGACAUUCACGUGCAAACCGAUGCGGAGAACCGCACGGUAAUGGACGAGUGCAGGCUUCUGCAUAGGCAGAAGCUGGAGCUGACGAAUCUCGUGGAGAAGCAACGGUCGAAGAUAGAACAGAUCACGCAGCGCAGCGCUCAGCUAUCAUGCCAAUUAGAAGAAGUGCGUUUAUUGCAGCCGAUCGAGAUGCCGAUUUCCGUGGCUCGUAUUGUCGGUGCGAACACGAUCGUCAGUGAGAGUAGUUCUACGGAGGAUAUUCUUCAGGACGCCAAGAUGCGGCUAAAGCGCCUAGAGGAAGAGAGCUCCAAGGCAGAUCAGUAUUUUUGCAGCUUCGUUAGCACCUCUUCGUAGCGAAUAAGAAAUGCCAAGACAUUAUCGUUUAUUAAUUUAUUAUCAUUACUGCACGCACAAUUAUCAACCCUGCAAAUUACAUUUCACGCAUAUCACUUGCGAGGGAUUUAUUAUUCUUCGCCUAUGGAAGAAAAGACUGAAUUGAAUGAACAUAUAUCAAAAAGUAUCGGACAUUUAGAUAAUUUAUUUUAUAAAAUUGGAUGUUAAAACAUAUAAUAUACAAAUUACCGAUCUAUCUUUUUGCUUUAUUUUGAAUUCUACGUUUAUUACAUGUAACAUCAAACAUAGCAUAGAAAAUGUUAAGUCGAGCUCCUUUCCGUUGUUGUACAUCAUCUCCGUUUCGGGUCUGAACUCCUUCUGGUGCACUGGAGUUAAGGAUUAUACCGAGCACUUGUGCCUUCUCGUGCAUAGGAUAAAUCAUACAGUUAUUGAGUAGUUAAGGAUUUUCUCUUUUAAAAAAAAAAGGACGGUGAUAAUUGUAAUUACAAAGG